AUGAGACCUGGUUUUACCAAUCGCCCUGACCACCGGGCUACUUCCGAUGGCAUUGUCAAGGGCUAUGGCCAGGUCUUCGUGGUCCUUUGUUUCUUAGCCUUUUACCCCGUUGGACCCCAGGUGUCAGCUCUUUGCAACCGGAGCUUCCAAGAGAGCCAGUCAUCCUUUGCGGAGCGGAACAUGGUGGAAGAAGACUUCUUCCGCAAGUCCAACUUUAGGGUACUCGACUAG